UCUUCUUGCUGCUGCGCCAGCAGAUAUCCAGCUAUACCAGCCACUUCCGACCGGCUAUUUCGGGAUGGCCAGCGGAAUGUAAAUUAAUUGCCUUUUAUAUUGCACUAAAUCAUUGCGCGCCCCCGCUCAUCUAUACGCGCAGGCAAAUGCCGGUAUUUAAAUGUUCUGCGUCAAACGCUGCCUGUAUACUGAACACCGGAUGUUUCCGCGUAAGAUCAUCAGCGCGCUUCUUCCAUUGGCAUCCGACGCGGCAACACAACCGAUCGCGAUCUGGCAAUGCGCCGAUAUUUCUCCGCGAGUUUAUUUUCUCAAGAAUAACGCGCUGUUAAUCUUUCCUCCGGACACGUAUGCACCAUUAAUAACGCUCACUCUUCCCGGCACUAAAAUACUGUAAUCCGAUGCUACACUGAUGUAUUUAUUCUCUGAUUUUUUCUGGAUUUAUUUCCCUUGCAUCCUGUGAAGAUAAUUAGUGCUCGAUAUCGACAUAUGUACGCGGAGUACAGAAACCGGUAUCUCGUUCAUAAGCAGCCGGAAGCGGAGCAGCGCGUCUUCAUCCCGGUUUAUCAUAACGCCAGUGUGUGGAUAAUAAUUAUUGGUCCGGAUGCUUCCGGCCAGUGCUGGAUUUAUUGACAUUCCAGCGGGAAUGUUUAAUUGGACGGAAUAAACACGGCGCACGCUGGGAUAACGGCACUGCGGAAUAUAUAUUUUAUCCUGGUUUGGAAUUAAGCGAAACUGGAUUUCCUGCGCAACCACUUGCUAAGUAUGCGCCCGCGCCGCACCGGCACCGCGCAGCUGCAGUUGGGCGGCGAGUCCAGUAUCGCGGCGGAUGAUGCCAGCUCCUCGGCGGCCACGGCGCUCCUCGACGUCGAAAGCGGUAAAUCGCGGCGCAACGGAUACCUGACGGUGCAGGAGCCGUCGUCGGCGUCGGUGUCGCUGUCGGAGCGCAGCCGGUCCGCUUCGCCGCUCUUCCUCAGCAGUCGCAGCGCCAAUGGCUUCCUCUUCCCGUCGCCGGCGGCCGGCAACCGCUCCACGCCCUUCGCCAAGCCGCCCAGUAUAAUGCGCUUCGUCAGUAAGCAGGGCGACUGUAAUGUGCGCCACAGCAAUGUCUACCGGAAGAAUCUCAAGUACCUGGCUGAUAUCUUCACCACGCUGGUGGACUGCAAGUGGCGUUGGUGCGCCCUCAUCUUCGCCAUGGGCUUCUUCAGCACGUGGUUGUUCUACGCGAUCAUCUACUACAUCUUCGCCUGGUUGCACGACGACCUGGAGAAGACGCACCUCAGCGAGGCCGAGUGGAUGCCGUGCAUCAACAAGAUCAAGGACUUCACCUCGGCGUACCUGUACUCGCUGGAGACGCAGCACACCAUCGGCUACGGCUACCGCUUCGCCAACACCGAGUGCCCGCACGUCAUCAUCGUGCUGUGCCUGCAGUGCCUCACCGGGGUGGCGCUGCAGUCCAUCCUCGUCGGCGUCCUCUUCGCCAAGCUCUCCCGGCCCAAGAUGCGCUCCGAGACGCUCAUGUUCAGCCGCGAAGCGUGUAUUUGCCAGCGCGACGGGAAGAUGCACUUUAUGUUCCGCAUCGGGGAUAUGCGCAGAUCGCACAUCGUGGAAGCGCACAUCCGCGUCAUGUGCAUGAAGGAGCGGGUCACCGCCGAGGGCGAGGAGAUCCCCUUCUACCAGUACGACGUCAACGUGGGCUUCGCCGACGGCACGGACCGCCUGUUCCUCGUCUGGCCGACCAUCAUCAGCCACGAGAUCGACGCCACGAGUCCGUUUUACGACCUCUCCGCCGAGGACCUCAAGAACGAACGCCUGGAAGUCAUCGUGAUACUGGAGGGGAUCGUGGAGGCCACGGGGUUGACGACGCAGGCGCGGACCUCCUACCUCCCCAGCGAGAUCCGCUGGGGCUACCGCUUCGAGAAGGUGGUGCGUCCUUGCCGCGACGGCUCGGUGCGCAUCGACCACGACUACUUCAACAAGAUCUACUACGUCGACACCACGCCGCGCUGCUCCCCGCGCGAACUCUACCGCCAGCAGGAGGAGGAGGCCGCCGCCGCCGAGGUCCCGGCGCCCUCCCCGCCGCCCUCCACCGCCGCCGCCUCCACGGCCAGCCCCAGUCGGCGCAGUUCGCUGAAGCGUGCGUCCAACGCUGCCUUACUGCAAGCAAUACGUCCCAGCGUGCACCUUGCCUUGCCGCCGCCCGCCCAGCACUUCCGGCGCCGGCAGUCCUCCCCGGUGGUCUACCCGGCGGCGCACCUGACCCUACCCGACGGUCCGGACGCCGAGGUUACCCGCCGCGCCUCCACGGCCGCCAUCCCCACCUCCAGCAACAGUCCGGCGGUCCUACAGGACCCCCUCUCCUGCGCCAACGCCCCCGUGGUGCCGCUGCAGAACGUCGAGCUGCCCCGGGUGCGCUAAGACGGCGGACCCCACCCGGGCGGGUCGCCGGCGGCCGGAUCCCGGCGAGAGAUCGAUCGGGGAGUCCCCGUGCGCCCCGGGUAGCCGCGAGCUCCAGGCCCCGCCCACUGGCGUCCGGCUGCGCUGCAACGUCGCCUUGAU